AACAAGUAUUUCGCAUUUUUGACUACCAAACCAAUUUUGAUCGCUUCUUAGGUCAUGUACAUCAUGUACAGGUUUUCAGUGAGUUCAUUAAAAUUCCCUUUGGCUAAUGAUAUAAAUGACGAACUUGGCCUUUGAAAUACUAAGUAUUCGCGUGGUAAGUUCCUUCUUGUAAGUGCUUCAUUUACCUUGAAAACAUCUCAACUGGUAAAUGAAAGAAAAUCGCGAUUAUUAUUCGGGAAUCAACUGAUGUGCGAGCAAUGUUGUGGUAUAGUGUCUUGAUGUGGGUUUUUGGUGUUGUUCGGGUUUUUGGGUUCCACCAUCAGAACAACGUGUGUCCUACACUGGAGGAUUAUAAGACAAUUUUCCACAACAGCAAUUGCCGGUAUAAUCCAGACGUUGGUUCUUCACCUAAGUUUAUUGCAAAGAGAUACGGCUACCCUUUGCAGUCCCAUGAAGUGGUAACAGAGGAUGGAUACAUUCUGACUUUGCAUCGCAUCUCUGGAAGUAGAAACCCAGAGAAUUCCAAAAAAAAACAGCCCGUACUAGUUUUUCAUGGAUUGGGCGGCAGUUCAGCGUUCUGGAUGUUGCAAGGCAAGAAGUCACUUGCUUUUUUCCUUGGUGAUUCCGGCUACGACGUUUGGUUGGGAAAUUGGCGAGGAAACUACUACUCGAAUCGGCAUGUUACUUUAGCAGAAGAUAGUGCAAAAUACUGGAACUUUGGGUUUCACGAGAUGGCCAUCUACGAUCUGCCAGCCUGUAUUGACUUUGUCGCCAACCGGACAGGUGAAAAGGGAAAUUUGAUAUACGUUGGGCAUUCCAUGGGGACGACAAUUUCCUACAUUUAUUCAACGGUGAAAAGAAAACAUGCCGAGGACAACGUAAAAGCAAUCAUCUCGUUGGCUCCAGUCGCCUACAUGAAGAAUGUGAUGGGGGCUUUCCGGUUAUUAGCACCUCUAGCACCAUUAGUAGCCGACAUUCUCAGAAGCAAAGGCUUCAGCGCCAUUGGCCAAUACUACAAGGUUCAAAGAACCAUACUGGUUGCAACAUGUGGAAACUACCCCUUUAUUGAUCUUUGCAACAUUCUGCUGAUAUUCUCAUCUGGAUUAUCAGUUGAACAGUUCCAGGCAGAAAUGAUUCCAGUUUUCUUCAGCUACUAUCCAUCAGGAAUCAGCUUGCGGACUCUGGAGCACUUUGCGCAGAUCGUCACUAGCAAUGGGAGGUUUCGAAUGUUUGACUACGGCUUAAGAGGGAAUUUGGAGCAUUAUAACAGCACAGAUCCGCCCGAGUAUGAUACGUCGCAAAUACCAGUGCCGAUUCACUUAUUUGUGGGAAAUAACGAUAUAAUCGGCGACGUCAAGGAUGCUUCCAUACUGGAAUCCAGACUUAAUAAAGGUCGCAGCGUUUCAACAUCGCAAAUUUACAAAUUUCCUUUCGCCCACAAUGAUUUUUUCCUGGCCAAGCAGCUGGAUGGGUUCCAUAAAAGUUUGCUGCAAGCGAUCCAGAGGUAAAAUAGCAGUUCAGAAAUUGCCAUUGCGGAGGAUGUUCCUAAGGCCGGGUCAGGUCCGGUGUCCGUUUAUGAAGCCAACUUAAUAUGCUCAAUUUGCAAAAGUUUAAAUUGCGUCUAGACGCCUUUUACACUAAAGGGGUGAAAUUUCGGUUUAACUGUGAUUUGGCGUGGGAGUUACAUGCUGCAGUUGUCAGCAAUAAAGCCAGGAUCAAUCAUUCCUCUAACAUUUUCGCGCUUUUUACCAAUAAUGCUCCAAACUGGAAGAUUUUGUGAUAAGUUUGUUUAUAGCUGUUUAUUGAUCAUUAGAUUGUAGGGUGUAAAUAAAGAGAGUGAAGAGUU